CGAGUCCUUGCCUCCUCCCGUCACCUGCCCGCGUCUCUUCUCGGACUCUCCGCGUUUCCCAGGCAUCCGUGUGCACGGCGAGUAACAAUACUGGGCCUCAGCACGCUGCAUACUGAUAACUUCGUGCUCUCUCGACUUCGUCUGCAGGAAGAUGUACUCGCGGAUGCGCUCGCCCGUUCAGACGCGGUCUCGCCGCCGCACAGAGAACCCCAACCCCGACAUGAUCAACGUGCUUGCCAGGGUGAACGCCCAUGCCACGGUUCUCGCGCCUCGCGACCUGAACGUGCACGAAGGCGGUACUGGACCGACGGCUGCGUACACCUCGGACAACACUUACACGCCGGCAGACGACCAACCGCAGAUGCGGUGCGAAGAAGCAGUCGCCCCGAGGCCCACGAUUCACAUGCAAAAGGCCGUAGUCCCUCCGCACCGGGCCUACGUACUCGUUCCGCCGCCUCCGGGUGCGCCCCAAGCCCCAGCCCCGAAUGACCUCCUGGACGCACGCGCUCAUCCCAAUUCCGCGCCCACUGCCCAGGCAGCGAAUGCGGAGCCGUUGACGAGGGGACGCGCACAUGUACGCACCUUCGCCGUGUCGCCUACCACAGUGGACAGCCAGUCUGCUCGCAGUGUCCCCGUUCCUGACCCAUCAGAGCGCCCUCCUGCGGAACCCAAGACAGAGGUGCAGGCUGCGACCAUUCCCGCUGCAACAAUCCCGACCGUUGACCUGAUUAAGAUGUCCAAGAUGUCCGAGGCGAUGAUGUCCCAGUCGAUUACGAGACGCCGCAGGCGUUCCACUUUAUCCAGGACCCGAGCAGCCAUCAACCACGUACCGGCGGCCCAGCUCGACAACCUGCCCCAACCUCGUCCUGGCACUACUCCUGCUAUGAUUCCUCCUGGGAUCCUGCUGACUGGUGAUGGCUCCCCCUACGUACCCCCCGGCAACAUUCACUUCACGCCUCCGGCUGUGCAAGCCGUUGCUACUACCUGCACUCUGGUGACAUCUAGCUCGACGAAUACUCUGGGCUCGAUGGAUACUCUGGGAUCUGGUCUUGGGUCUGUGGAGCCUGUUCAAGGAGAUCCAGCGCAUCCUGACAUGCCUCCCAAAAAGACGCGCUCUCGCGUACCGGCUGUUCUCUUGAACAUCCUUCAAGGAAUACUGUUGGGUUUCCUCACUCUUAUCAUGACUGGUGUUUUCUGGUCUGCUGUUGUACUGGUUCAUGCCGAAAUGUGAUCGCAGAAAUUGUAUCAUAGAACGUCA